CUAUCUCGUCUUUGAGAGCUGUUUAUAUGCGAGCUUCUUUGAUUUAAUUAAUAUUAUUGUAUCGGCAUUUCUAAUCCUACUUUAUUUUCUCUCUAAAAUAGAGUUUAAAGUAAAAAUACUUCAAUAGUACUCUAUUUUCUACUCUAUAAUAGUGUAAAUCUAUUUUUUACUCUAUAUAUAGAGUAAUUUUUUUUUGUUCAUCAUUCUAUUUCUCACUAUAAAAUAAAGUAUAAUUGGAGCAACAUUCAACUCUAUUAUAGAAUUACUUUAUUUUAGAGAAAAAAAUAGAUGGUCUUACAUGAUGGUUACUAAUUAUAUACUGAACCUGAUAAACCAACUAUUAAUAAAGAUAUUGAAGUUGUUUGAUACUACUAUUUUAAUUUUGAUUCAGAGUAGUUAAACACAAGAAUGAAUGAUGACUUUACUGGGAAACUAAAGUUAACUCAAAACCAAAUGAUUUCAAAAACUAUAUAAAUAAGAGGAAAAAUACGGAAAUUCAUAAUGACUACUUAUUAGUACUAAUAUAAAAACUAAAUGAUUUGGUCUCCUUUGUUACUGACCUCUCUACGAGCAAAAGAGAGAAGAAGAAAACUCUUUUAAUUAUCAAAAUUAGGUGGCGCGAAAAUAACGCCCUCUCUCUCUCUCUUACUAUUAAUCUUUAUCUCUCUCUGAUCUUUCAAUCGCCCGAUCAAAUUCUUCUACCUCUGGCGUUUUUUUUAAUUGUUCACGAGCAUUCCUCAUCAUCGCCGGCGGCAAUAGACUUGUGAUUCCGAUCGCGUUUGUAUUCCUCAUUACGAAUCUCGAAAGGCAUUGAAGAUUGUAUCUUUCCUGUAUAAAGAAACUAGAGGCAUGAGCUCCUGAAUCCAAUCAAUGCAAGUUUGUUUCAUUAAAGCUUUGAAUGGAUGUAGCAACAGAUACUACAAGACGGAGACUUGUUCCAUCAGAUAAGAACAAUGCGUCCACUGCCACUCGCCGUCCUCGAACAGCAACAGAGGUCAGUUCAAGAUACAGAUCACCUACACCAACCAGAACCACUCGAUGCCCUUCCCCAAGCCUCACAAGGCCUACUGUUUCUUCCACCUCUCAAUCCGUAUCCGCCAAAAGAGCUGUUUCCGCUGAGAGGAAGCGUCGUCCUUCAACACCUCCAUCUCCCACUAGUCCAUCCACGCCUAACGUGUCUAUAGACUUACCAGCUUCAUCUAGGCGGUUAUCCACAGGUCGUUUGCCUGAGAGCUUAUGGCCUUCUACUAUGAGAAGCCUCAGCGCUUCGUUUCAGUCGGAUUCUUCUGUCUCAGUCCCUGUUGGUAAGAAGGAGAGACCGGUUAGUAGCUCUUCAUCUGACCGAACGUUGAGACCUUCUUCUAAUAUAGCUCAGAAGCAGAAGGCUGAAACGGUAUCUGUGUCAAGGAAACCUACGCCGGAGAGGAAAGUAAGUCCGUUGAAAGGGAAGAACAAUGCAUCUGAUCGUUCAGAGAAUUCGAAACCUGUGGAUGGUCAGCACAGUAGGUUAAUAGAACAGCACCGGUGGCCUAGUAGAAUCGGUGGAAGGAACUCACUAAACAGAAGUUUGGAUCUUGGAGACAAGGCUUCAAGGGGUCUGUCUACUUCAGGACCUGGAAUGAGACCGUCUCCUAGGAGAAUGUCACUGCCUUUGUCCAACGGCUCGAAACCUUUGCAUAAAACUUCUACAAACGGUGAUGUACUGUCUCCAACGAAGUCGGAAGAUAAUAACAUAGGGCGAAGUUCAGGAGCUCAAAGACUUUUGUCUGCAAGUUCGUUAGAUAGAGCGUCCUUAGCAACGGCUGUAGCCAAGCUGCAUCCAUUAUCUCGCCCUGCUUCACCAAGUAGAACUUCUUUUUCGUCGUCUCUCUCCCGAGGCAUGAGUACUUCGAGAGGAGUGAGUCCUUCAAGAGGACUAAGCCCUGCAAGAGGGUUGAGUCCUGCACGAGGUGUAAGUCCUGCUAGAGGGUUGAGUCCUUCGCGUGUGACAAGCUCUUCUUCUUUUGCGAGACCAUCAACUCCACCUUCAAGAGGGGUAAGUCCUUCCCGGAUAAGACAAAGCAGCGAUUCUACACAAUCAAUCAGUACCACCGCAACUUCGGUUCUCAGCUUCAUCACGGAUGUGAAGAAAGGCAAAAAGGCAAACUACAUCGAAGACGUUCAUCAACUGCGUCUGCUCCACAAUAGGUAUUUACAGUGGCGGUUUGUACUUGCGCGUGCUGAAGCUGCCAUGUACAUUCAACGUUUAACUUCCGAGGAAACACUAUUUAAUGUGUGGCAUGCGAUAUCAGAACUACAAGAUGAUGUGACCAGCCAAAGGAUUGGCCUACAACAGCUGAAGCUAGAGAUCAAACUCAACUCACUAUUAAACGAUCAAAUGGUGAGCCUUGAAGAAUGGGCCACACUUGAAAGAGAGCAUGUUAGUUCUCUAGUUGGAGCCAUAGCAGAUUUAGAAGCAAAUACUCUCCGCCUUCCAGCUACUGGAGGAACAAAGGCGGACGUAGAGUCUUUGAAAGCAGCUAUGUCCUCGGCACUCGAUGUAAUGCAGGCUAUGGGAUCGUCCAUUUGGUCUUUACUCUCCAAGGUGGAGGAGAUGAACAAAAUGGUCUCAGAACUCGCUGUAGUAGUUGCAAAAGAGAGUUCUAUGCAAGGAAAAUGCGAAGAUCUUCUGGCCUCCACUGGCAUCAUGCAGAUAAAAGAGUGUAGCCUAAGGACUCAUCUGAUACAAACUAGGAGAGAAGGAGAAGAAGAUGCAGAGGAGGAGACUCCUCCAGUGUUGCCACAAAGCAAGUUUCCAUGGCCAUAAAUAACACACUUACAGUUCCACUCCCUCAACACUGAUGACUAAUCAUCACCUGUAAAUUGCUCUUUGAUGCCCUCACAUUUUUCUUUUUGAUCUUUCCUUGUUUUUUUUUUUUUGUGUAUGAAACAUUAGCAUAGGGAAAGAAGGAAGUGAAAGAUCGAGAGUUCGAAAGUCGUAGGAAGAGGAAAAAACCAAUUUAAUUGUAAACUCUGAUGUAAGGUUUCUUUGAGGCGUUUUAUUUAUAUAGAGUCGAUUAGUUUAAACU